AGUGGCAUUUCUAUAUCUCCCUGCACCUUUUAAGCCUCGAACAGAUGCAAAAGGGAUAAUAUUGGCUGUGAGAUCAUAGCUUUCUCACGUGACAUCCCUUUCUCUUCUCCAUAAAAUGGAACCUCCGGACAUCUCCAGUCCUGUUCAGCUACUCCUACGCACCUGCUCUGCUCUAUCCUGUGGUUCUGCGAGUCGGAACAGAGUCAGUCAUGGCGCAUGAGGACGGCUGGCCUCUCGGAUUGGGCGCUCUGAAUGUCGGAGCUGGAGUGCUCAGAGGCGUCGAUCUGUCAGGCUCGGCCUCCUUCGACACGACCUUCACCUCCUCACACCCCACUUCAUCCUUGCCUUCGACUGAUUUCGACACAGAGUCGGCCUGGUCCUUGCCGCGCCACGGCGGUGGCGGCAUGACGCUGGCGAGCCUGAUCGGCCUCGUGGACGCCAUGGAGAGCCGGCGCCGCCCGAGCGCGAGGGCGGGCAGGAGCAGCGGCAGGCUCAGGGCGCUGCUGCUCUCGCUCUGCCUCCGGAGCCACCUGGAGAACGGAAGCGGGGCGCCGUCGCUCCGCGAGUUCCUCGAGAUGGAGAGGCGAGCCGGUGGAGCAUCCAGCCAUGUCCACGAGCUAUGACUGAAGCUAAUCGCUUCGCUUGCACAAGCAAUUAGCAAAUUGCAGUAGCAACGGCGCGGAAAUAAAUUUUCUUGACAUUUUGCUUUUCCUAAUGAUAGUGUUUUUCCCCGAUGAUUCUAAUGAAAGUGGAAUUGGUCUUUG